CCUGUAGUGUCCCUUUUCUCUAGGGUUUCCGAUAUUUACAGACCACGACUUCAUAAAAUUCGAUGGUUUCUCACUCAUUCUCAGAGUGAAAAAUAAUUUCUCUCAAAAAACUUGAUUUUGGUUACACUGGCCGGUGGUGGUGAUUCAAUUUGGAAGUGGCGAAAUUAGGGUUUUGGUUGGGGAGAAGGAAUUGUUACUGUGGUGGUGAUUAAUUAAUGGCUAUAGUGAAAAAUAAUUUUGGGGUAUCAAGAUUAGAUGAAGAGUUAAUGGUAGGAGGUAAAGGGAGUAAAGCUACUGAUGGUGAUGAUGAACAAGAGCUUCAGAAAAGAAAUUCUGAUUCUGAUUCUGAUUCUGAAGGUACUGGUGGUGAAGAUGAUGAGGAUGACGAUGAUGAUGACGACGAGGAUGAUAUGGAUGAAGAUGAAGAUGAUAUUGAUUCAGGAGCGGGUUCUGAUGAUUUUGAUUUAUCGGAAUUGGGUGAAAUUGGGGAGGAGUUUUGUCAAGUUGGGGAUAAUAGUUGUAGUAUACCUUAUGAGUUAUAUGAUCUUAAGGAUUUGGGGGAGAUUUUAUCAGUUGAUGUUUGGAAUGAGUUGCUUACUGAGGAGGAGCGUUUUAGUCUAGCGGAGUACUUGCCUGAUAUGGACCAAGAUACGUUUACGCGUACUCUGAAGCAGCUCUUUUCAGGGAAUAAUUUUCAUUUUGGGAAUCCUGUUGCUAAGUUGUUUGAUUUGUUGAAGGGGGGAUUAUGUCAGCCGAGAGUUAAAAUGUAUCGGCAAGGUUUACAUUUCUUGCAAAAGCGUGAACAUUACCAUCGCUUGCGCAAGUAUCAGAAUUCUAUGGUUGGUAAUUGUGUCCAUAUGAGAGAUGCUUGGAGUAACUGUAAGGGUUAUAGUAUGCAGGAGAAGCUUCGGGUUCUUAGCAUAAGGAAAAGUCAGAAGAGCUUGGUGUAUGAAAAUAUGCAAGGUAUUGGAGGGGAGAUUGAUGGAUCACAUGAAGGUUUAUUGGCUAGAGGACAGAAGGACAUUCGAGUUGGGUCAAGGAUGGGAUCUCGAGCAAUGCGUCCAGCAAUAGUGGGCCAAUCUUUAAGGGAUUGGUCAAUGAUGAAACAUGGGAAACAAAAUCAUAAAGGGAAUUUCAACUCUGCUGGAUCCAAAAAUAUAUCGGCGAAUGACACAAUGGGAAGCUCUCAAAUUCAUCAAGGAUUGGGGACAAAAUCUAGACCGAACAGCUCGAAAUUAGCUCUUCCUUGGCAAGAUACUGCAUUAUUAAAGUAUGAUUUGGAACCUUCUCAUAGUAGGAGAGGUCAAAUAAGAAGUGAGAAUGAGCUGGAAGAGUCCUCUUAUGAUAUGAGUCUGCUGAGAGACCGCAGUGCCACUCAUGCUGGUACAAUGGCUAAAUCAAAAUACGGAAGAAAACAGGAGUUUCUGAAAAGUGAAGAUUACUACGGCAGUGAAAGGUAUGCAGAUUCUCUUUCGUCCUUGAAGAAUCAAAAUUCAAAUUUACAUGCCAGAAACAGACCUAUUAAUUCGAUGGCAGACAUGGAGAUGUUAAGGGGAAGACCGGUAGGUGAUAGAAAUCUUUAUGAUUAUCCAUUUCGAGAUGCUGGAAAAAAGCCAAAGUAUCUGGACAAGUUCCAGCUAUCUGCACUUGAAGAUCAGAUGAAUGUGGGGAAAGAUCGAGCUCUGCCUUUAAAAGGAAUGCCAGUUGAUUGGCCUGAUGAAAGUCCAGCCUUUCGGCAUAGUAAUCCACAAGGAGCUUUCUCUGGGAACCAACCAGUUAAAUUUGAUGGUUGGGAUGCGAGACCUAAGAAAUCUAAUGUGGGUCAAGAGCUUCGUACCAGUAAGCACAAUCUAACUCCUUUCCCUAAAGGUAAAUCUUACAUAGUUCCAACUCAGACAAUCUACCCACCAGAUUAUAGAGGCAAAACAUUCCAAACAGGAGGUAAGAUGAGUUCCAUCCGAAAUGGAGGGUUGGAUAUGGAAGAUCCCAGACAGUUUAAUAGGCACACUCAAUCUCAAAGUGAAGAAACAGAAUCAGACUCCUCAGAUCAAGAUGACGAUGAUGAAGAAGAAGAGUAUAAUCCCCUUAAGAAGAAGUUGGGUUAUGGUGGCCGCCCUACUACCGCCAAACCUGAUAAGAUCACGAGGAAAGGUAAGGAGUUCGCACAGUCUCUCAACUACUCGUCCAAAAAGGUUAUGGACAUUGGUGAACAGAUGUACAUGCCAGAGUUUCCAUUGUCUUCUUCAGGGAGAAGUAAGGAUAAGAUGUUGAGCCCCAAUUUCCCACAUAAUCAUGCUGCCAGCUCUUUGCAGGAAAGUGUUUUUCCUGGAUCAGUUAAGCUAUCUGAUGAUGGAAAGCUGACUAAUAAAUCAAUGAAGAAUGGCCACGUGCUGGUUGAUCCUGCUGAAAGGAUGCAAAUCCCAAUGUCAAAGGUCUUGCAUGCGGAAAAAAAGAGAAAAGGGAAAGUGGAUUACGACAAUUCUGUGUCUCAGCCAAAAUACACGGAAGAGUACACAGAUGAAGAGGAUGGCAAAAUCAUUAGUAAAUCAGGAAAGAAAGGUAUAAAGACUGAAGCUCUUGAAAACCCGAUGAUGUCACUGGUAGGGUGCAAUUCAGUUUCAAAGAAACGGAAAGGAAAGGCUGAUUUGACGUACAUGGAGGGGUUAGAUGGAACUGAUUACAUACAAUGUGGUCCUGACCAGCAGACUGAUGAUCCUUCUUCCUUGAAGAAACGGGGCAGAAGGCAAGUCGAAGCUCAAAAUUCUCCUUCUAUGGUGGUUUCUGAGCCACUUGUUCCAGAUAGAGAAGUUGCAGAUAUAGAGCCAGAAGCUAAACCAGUAAAGAAACCAUAUGUCCCGAUCACUCCUACUGUUCACACUGGCUUUUCAUUCUCUAUUGUGCAUCUCCUUACAGCGAUUCGUUUCGCUAUGGUUACUCCUCUUCCAGAUGAUGGCUCACAAAUUGGUAAUCUUCAGGUGAAGAUAGAGACUGGUGUUAGCGGGGAUCCAGAAAUUGCAGGGUCGAAGAACUUACUGUCUCUCACUGUUCAAGAGAUUGUGAGCCGUGUAAAAUUAAACCCUGGGGAUCCUUGUAUUCUUGAGACGCAGGAGCCACUUCAAGAUUUAGUCAGAGGGGUUUUGAAGAUAUUUUCAUAUAAGACAGCACCUUUAGGGGCAAAGUCUUGGAAAGCAUUGGUGGUUUAUGAAAAAACUACAAAAAGCUGGUCCUGGAUUGGGCCAGUUUUACCCACUAGCUCUUCGGACCCAGACAUAGCAAAAGAGGAGACUUCUCCCGAGGCUUGGGGUCUUCCUCAUAAGAUGCUUGUGAAGUUGGUUGAUUCAUUUGCUAACUGGUUGAAAAGUGGUCAAGAAACCCUGCAGCAAAUUGGAAGCCUACCUCCACCUCCUAUGGCUCUGAUGCAACCCGUUUUGGAUGAAAAGGAAAGGUUUAGAGACUUGAGAGCUCAGAAGAGUCUCUCAACCAUUAGCCCCAACACUGAAGAAGUGAGGGCAUAUUUUCGGCGGGAGGAAGUACUAAGAUAUUUAGUUCCUGACAGAGCCUUUUCUUACACAGCUGCUGAUGGUAAGAAAACCACUGUUGCUCCACUGAGGAGGUGUGGUGGUAAACCAACGUCAAAGGCCAGAGAUCACUUUAUGCUUAAAAUUGAUCGGCCGCCUCAUGUCACGAUUCUUUGUCUUGUCAGAGAUGCAGCUGCUAGACUGCCUGGAGGUAUUGGCACAAGAGCAGAUGUUUGUACCCUUAUACGAGACUCACAGUACGUUGUUGAAGAUGUUGGUGAUGCACAAGUUAACCAGGUCGUUAGUGGAGCGCUGGACCGUCUGCAUUAUGAACGCGAUCCUUGUGUACUGUUUGAUGGAGAUAGGAAGUUAUGGGUUUACAUGCAUAGAAAUAGGGAAGAAGAAGACUUUGAUGACGAUGGUACCGCGUCUACGAAGAAAUGGAAGAGGCAGAGGAAAGAUCCUGCAGAAGAAUCAGGAGCUGUACCUGGUGCUUUUCUUGGUGCAGGAGAGCAAAACAGUCUUGCUUCUGAUCUCAAUCUCGAUCAAUUGUCCAUGGGUUUAGACGGUAGAAUGGAAGUUAUGUAUAAUAAAGAUCUGAGGCCAUCAGGUGUGGAGAAGUCCGAGUCAUUUGUUCUCCCAGCUCAAAUUGACCAUCAGGGUCAGCCAGUGGCUUGGGGUUUGAAUCCUCUGCAAGAGAACAAAAUGGCGUGUCAAGAAAACACAACAACCGAGGUGUUGGAUGAUGGCACAUUUAACAGAGAAAGGACUGUUGGUGGGCUCAUAAGUGCAAGCUUAUUAUGAGUACUUACUUAUCAUGCCUUAUUUGUCCUGAUCCUGAUUCCAUUGAUCUUGCAGAAGACUGUGUACAUUAAAGGUGUGGUUGGUCCCUUACAGUUUCAAUGUACAUAUUAUAAAUGUAUAUUUUUCUCCUUAAUUGCGGGAUGGUAAAAUAUCAAGUUCGACCUUGUUGAGGCUCAUAUGAUCUCUCUUGUUGGCUCUCUUUUCAUAGCUCUUGCUCCGCAGCAGCAUCUGAAAGUAAUUUUUGUUCCUUCUCUAUUUUAUUAUUUCGAAAAUUCAUGUGAAUGCUUUAGUUUUGCAAUCUCACUGUUCUUAGUUAGAAAUGAAAGUAGUGGUCUUGCUUUAUUGUAUUCAUCUGAUCACAAGCAUAUGUUCCUGUGAUUUUACACCAUAAAAAAGAAAGAAAAUAAACAGGUCUCCCGGAGAUGAUUUUUCCAAA